AUUACUCAUCGUCGGUCCAUGUAAGUGUGUUCAGUGUUGCUUUCGGAGGCAUCUCCUUUUUUGGAAGGAUCGGUUUUUCGCCGUGGCUGUACUUUCCUGGGACGAUUUCAGUCCGCUGUACCACCACGAACUAUCUCAGCCCUCAAGGCCUUGAAAGAUGAAGACGAUCACCAUUCUGGUGGGCUCAAAUACCAAAGAGAUAUUUACUCUCAAGUUUGACCCGUCUGCCAAAUCCCUAGUCAAAUCUUCGUCUGUAACUGUCGGCACUAAACCAUCCUGGUUGACCGCACAUCCAGGAAACAAAUCGGUCGUUUUUACCGCCUUGAAGAUCCCGAAUGCGAAGCUCAUUGCCGUACAAUACGAUCAGGAAGGUGAUGGAAAAGUUAUGGCAGAGGUGUCGUGUCAAGGAGAUGGCCCUUCGUCACUCGUUGCUGGAAGGCAUGAAGUCGUCGUCGGAAAUUAUGAUAAUGGGAAUAUCUUUACGAUUCCAAUCUUGGAAGAAGCACCUUUCAUCGAUGUUGGUUCGAAUCGUUCACAAGUUCUGCAACUCACAGGUGAUGGACCUCACCCAACCAGACAAACCUCUAGCCAUCCUCACCAAGUGGUAUUAGAGCCGUCUGAUGGGGAGGUCUUCGUCCCGGAUUUAGGUUCGGAUAAGACCUGGAGACUUGCGAGAAACCAGGACGGUGUAUAUCGUCUUUCAGAGAAUUUUAUCCCCUCCUAUCCUGGUAGUGGACCGAGGCACGCUGCAUUUUAUGGUGACCACAUCUACAUUCUCCACGAACUGAACAACACCCUCUCUUCAUUCCCCCUCCGCAGUCGAGCCGAUCACGAUGUUGCUUCCUGCAGCUUACCAUCCACAGCCCUCUUCGCAGAUGCAAUCAAGACGCCAGACGCCGUGACUGCAGGAGAAAUUCUUAUUCCACGACCUAACGAUGCCUUUUCGACACCCUACAUUUACGUCUCGAAUCGGUAUGAUGGCCGUACUGAUGGCGGCGAUACGAUAGCGAUCUUCCAAAUCACCGAUCCUUCCACAGGCCAGUUUGAAUUGGUUACGGAAAUCGAGACGGAUUUCAAGCAGUUAAGAGGGAUGGGAUUUGUAGGCGAAGACGGGAGGUGGUUGGUUACUGGAGGUGUCUUUAAUGGCGGCACAAAGAUUUAUGAGCGCGUUAAUGAUGGGAAGGGGUUGCAGCUUGUGGCAGAAAACCAUGAAGUGGACUUGCCUACGGCGUUCUUGGAGCUUGCUUCUUGAAAGACCCCUAAAAAUUUCUAAGGUAGCUUCCGAUCUUUUGAAACAAAUAACGUUUUCCGUUGUUAACA